UGACAACGGUCAAUAAUGAAGGUGGCUGCGGCGCGGCGGCAGGCUCAGCUGCGCCGGGCGGGGGCGGCGCCGGGGCCGCGCCUGUAGGACUCGGGGCCGACGCCGCGGGAUGGGGACGCGGCGCGGGGAGUGAGGCAGUGGCGGCGGCGGCGGUAAGCGGAACUUCGGCCCGAGGGGCUCGCCCGCUCCCGCCUCUGUCUUGUCCGCCUCCACCUGCAGCCCCGCGGCCCCCGCGCCCCGCGGGACCGGGACGGCGACGACGGGGGAAUGUGGCGCUGGAUCCGACAGCAGCUGGGUUUUGACCCACCACAUCAGAGUGACACAAGAACCAUCUACGUAGCCAACAGGUUUCCUCAGAAUGGCCUUUACACACCUCAGAAAUUUAUAGAUAACCGGAUCAUUUCAUCUAAGUAUACUGUGUGGAAUUUUGUUCCAAAAAAUUUAUUUGAACAGUUCAGAAGAGUGGCAAACUUUUAUUUUCUUAUUAUAUUUUUGGUUCAGCUUAUGAUUGAUACACCUACCAGUCCAAUUACCAGUGGACUUCCAUUAUUCUUUGUGAUAACAGUAACAGCCAUAAAGCAGGGAUAUGAAGAUUGGUUACGGCAUAACUCAGAUAAUGAAGUAAAUGGAGCUCCUGUUUAUGUUGUUCGAAGUGGUGGCCUUGUGAAAACUAGAUCCAAAAACAUUCGGGUGGGUGACAUUGUUCGAAUAGCCAAAGAUGAAAUUUUUCCUGCAGACUUGGUGCUUCUGUCCUCAGAUCGACUUGAUGGUUCCUGUCACGUUACAACUGCUAGUUUGGAUGGAGAAACUAACCUGAAGACACAUCUGGCAGUUCCAGAAACAGCAUUAUUACAAACAGUUGCCAAUUUGGACACUCUAGUAGCUGUAAUAGAAUGCCAGCAACCAGAAGCAGACUUAUACAGAUUCAUGGGACGAAUGAUCAUAACCCAACAAAUGGAAGAAAUUGUAAGACCUCUGGGUCCAGAGAGUCUCCUGCUUCGUGGAGCCAGAUUAAAAAACACAAAAGAAAUUUUUGGUGUUGCUAUAUACACUGGAAUGGAAACUAAGAUGGCAUUAAAUUACAAGAGCAAAUCACAGAAACGAUCUGCAGUAGAAAAGUCAAUGAAUACAUUUUUGAUAAUUUAUCUAGUAAUUCUUAUAUCUGAAGCUGUCAUCAGCACUAUCUUGAAGUAUACAUGGCAAACUGAAGAAAAAUGGGAUGAACCUUGGUAUAACCAAAAAACAGAACAUCAAAGAAAUAGCAGUAAGAUUCUGAGAUUUAUUUCAGACUUCCUUGCUUUUUUGGUUCUCUACAAUUUCAUCAUUCCAAUUUCAUUAUAUGUGACAGUUGAAAUGCAGAAAUUUCUUGGAUCAUUUUUUAUUGGCUGGGAUCUUGAUCUGUAUCAUGAAGAAUCAGAUCAGAAAGCUCAAGUCAAUACUUCCGAUCUGAACGAAGAGCUUGGACAGGUAGAGUACGUGUUUACAGAUAAAACUGGUACACUGACAGAAAAUGAGAUGCAGUUUCGGGAAUGUUCAAUUAAUGGCAUGAAAUACCAAGAAAUCAAUGGUAGACUUGUACCCGAAGGACCAACCCCAGACUCUUCAGAAGGAAACUUACCUUAUCUUAGUAGUUUAUCCCAUCUUAACAACUUAUCCCAUCUUACAACCAGUUCCUCUUUCAGAACCAGUCCUGAAAAUGAAACUGAACUGAUUAAAGAACAUGAUCUCUUCUUUAAAGCAGUCAGUCUCUGUCACACUGUACAGAUUAGCAAUGUUCAGACUGACUGUAUUGGUGAUGGUCCCUGGCAAUCCAAUCUGGCACCCUCGCAGUUGGAGUACUAUGCAUCUUCACCAGAUGAAAAGGCACUAGUAGAAGCUGCUGCAAGGAUUGGUAUUGUGUUUAUCGGCAAUUCUGAAGAAACUAUGGAAGUUAAAACACUUGGAAAACUGGAACGGUACAAACUGCUUCAUAUUCUGGAAUUUGAUUCAGAUCGUAGGAGAAUGAGUGUAAUUGUUCAGGCACCUUCAGGUGAGAAGUUAUUAUUUGCUAAAGGAGCUGAGUCAUCAAUUCUCCCUAAAUGUAUAGGCGGAGAAAUAGAAAAAACCAGAAUUCAUGUAGAUGAAUUUGCUUUGAAAGGGCUAAGAACUCUGUGUAUAGCAUAUAGAAAAUUUACAUCAAAAGAGUAUGAGGAAAUAGAUAAACGCAUAUUUGAAGCCAGGACUGCCUUGCAGCAGCGGGAAGAGAAAUUAGCAGAUGUUUUUCAGUUCAUAGAGAAAGACCUGAUAUUACUUGGAGCCACAGCAGUAGAAGACAGACUACAAGAUAAAGUUCGAGAAACUAUUGAAGCAUUGAGAAUGGCUGGUAUCAAAGUAUGGGUACUUACUGGAGAUAAACAUGAAACAGCUGUUAGUGUGAGUUUAUCAUGUGGCCAUUUUCAUAGAACCAUGAACAUCCUUGAACUUAUAAACCAGAAAUCAGACAGCGAAUGUGCUGAACAGUUGAGGCAGCUUGCCAGAAGAAUUACAGAGGAUCAUGUGAUUCAGCAUGGGCUGGUAGUGGAUGGGACCAGCCUAUCUCUUGCACUCAGGGAGCAUGAAAAAUUAUUUAUGGAAGUUUGCAGAAAUUGUUCAGCUGUAUUAUGCUGUCGUAUGGCUCCACUGCAGAAAGCAAAAGUAAUAAGACUAAUAAAAAUAUCACCUGAGAAACCUAUAACAUUGGCUGUUGGUGAUGGUGCUAAUGACGUAAGCAUGAUACAAGAAGCCCAUGUUGGCAUAGGAAUCAUGGGUAAAGAAGGAAGACAGGCUGCAAGAAACAGUGACUAUGCAAUAGCCAGAUUUAAAUUCCUCUCCAAAUUGCUUUUUGUUCAUGGUCAUUUUUAUUAUAUUAGAAUAGCUACCCUUGUACAGUAUUUUUUUUAUAAGAAUGUGUGCUUUAUCACACCCCAGUUUUUGUAUCAGUUCUACUGUUUGUUUUCUCAACAAACGUUGUAUGAUGGCGUGUACCUGACUUUAUACAAUAUUUGUUUUACUUCCCUACCUAUUCUGAUAUAUAGUCUUUUGGAACAGCAUGUAGACCCUCAUGUGUUACAAAAUAAGCCUACUCUCUAUCGAGACAUUAGUAAAAACCGCCUCUUAAGUAUUAAAACAUUUCUUUAUUGGACCAUCCUGGGUUUCAGUCAUGCCUUUAUUUUCUUUUUUGGCUCCUAUUUACUAAUAGGGAAAGAUACAUCUCUGCUUGGAAAUGGCCAGAUGUUUGGAAACUGGACAUUUGGCACUUUGGUCUUCACAGUCAUGGUUAUUACAGUCACAGUAAAGAUGGCUCUGGAAACCCAUUUUUGGACUUGGAUCAACCAUCUCGUUACCUGGGGAUCUAUUAUAUUUUAUUUUGUGUUUUCCUUGUUUUAUGGAGGGAUUCUCUGGCCAUUUUUGGGCUCCCAGAAUAUGUACUUUGUGUUUAUUCAGCUCCUAUCAAGUGGUUCUGCUUGGUUUGCCAUAAUCCUCAUGGUUGUUACAUGUCUAUUUCUUGAUAUCAUAAAGAAGGUAUUUGACCGACACCUCUACCCUACAAGUACUGAAAAGGCACAGAUGUACUCCAACACAGUUGCUUUAAGUGACGAGUUCAUCGCACUGCAGCCAUUGUCGAGGGCAAGGAAUCAGCUGAGCAAACUUAGCUUACUGAAACAAAUGCAGGUAUCAAGUGCUUGGACUCCAUGUGCUGUUUCCCGGAAGGAGAAGCAGCGUGCGCAUCUGUUGGAAGAAUGCUGGAACGAGUUAUAGGAAGAUGUAGUCUGACCCACAUCAGCAGAUCAUGGAGUGCAUCGGAUCCUUUCUAUACCAACGACAGGAGCAUCUUGACUCUCUCCACAAUGGACUCAUCUACUUGUUAAAGGGGCUGUAGUGCUUUGUGGGAGCCAUUUCACCUCCUUUCCUAAAAUUCAGUGUGAUCACCCUGUUAAUGGCCACACUAGCUCUGAAAUUAAUUUCCGAAAUCUUUGUAACAGUUCACACCCACUCCGAGUUACGAUGGCAGACAAACAGAAAGCAUUAAUACAAGCCCCUCCUAACACCCUUAAUUUGAAUCUGAACAUGUUAAAAUUGGAGAAUAAAGAGACAUUUUUCAUCUCUUUGUCUGGUUUGUCCCUUGUGCUUAUGGGACUCCUAAUGGCAUUUCAGUCUGUUGCUGAGGCCAUUAUAUUUUAAUAUAAAUGUAGAAAAAAGAGAUAAAUCUUAGUAACGUGUAUUUUUUAGUAUUAGCUUGAUUACUGACUCUUCUAUUUAAAUCUGCUUCUGUAAAUUAUGCUGAAAGUUUGCCUUGAGAACUCUAUUUUUUUAUUAGAGUUAUAUUGAAACUUUUCAUGGGAAAAUUUAAUGUGAAUACUGAGGAAUUUUGGUCCCUCAGUGACCUGUGUUGUUAAUCCAUUAGUGCAUUCUGAGUUCACAGAGCAAAUUAGGAGAAUCAUUUCCAACCAUUAUUUACUACAGUAUGGAUACCAAUUCCUCUAACUGUACUGUAACACAGCCUGUAAAGUUAGCCAUAUAAAUGCAAGGGUGUAUCAAAUAUACAAAUCAGGAAUCAGGUCUGUUCACCGAACUUCAAAUUGAUGUUUACUAAUAUUUUUGUGACAGAGUAUGAAGACCCUAUAGUGGGUAAAUUAGAUACCGUUAACAUAUUAUUAAUUUAAUGUCUUUAUCAUUAGAUCUUUUGCAUGCUUUAAUCUGGUUAACACAUUUAAAUUUGCUUUUUUUCCUCUUUACCCGAAGGCUCUGUGUAUAGUAUUUCAUGGCAUUGUUGUAAAGUUUAACUAAAUAAAAAGUUUGGACAGUAUUUAAAUAUUGCAAAUAUGUUUAAUUAUACAAAUCAGAAUAGUAUGGGUAAUUAAAUCAAUAAAAAGAGAAGAGCCUCUUUCUGCGGCCAACUUACAAUUGCUCUUCCCCUCGUAAACUAGAUUUUAGAAUAAAGGGUUUCAGUUAAUAAUCUUAUUUUCAGGUUAUGUUAUCUAAGUUAUAGCACACUACCACAAUACAGUGGGUUCUGCCAGUGUCCCAGUGCAAGGCAUAUUUUCAGGUGUGGCUAUGGAAUGUAAAUUGUUAAAGUCUAAAAUGCUAAACUUGUAUCAGGUAACAUUAGCAAUAAAUUACAAUGCUAAGAAUGAUUAAUCAGAUAGAUGUUACUGUAAUUAACUCAUUGCACUUCAAAACCUAACUUCCAUCCUGAAUUUAUCAAGUAGUUCUGUAUCGUCAUUUGUUUUUGUUUUGUUGAAAUGUUGUCUUAAGAUUUAGAAGUGAUUAUUAGCUUAAGAAUUAUUUAUUACCCAGCUCUAAGCAAAUAAUGAUUGUAUACAUAUUAAGAAAAUGGUUAAAUGCGGUUUUAUCAAGUUUUCCCUUAAAAAUGUCAUUCUUUUAUGGAGAUUUAUUGUGCAGCCCUAAGCUUCCUUGCCAUUUCAUGAAUAUAAGGCUUCUAGAAUUGGGCUGGCAGGGAAAAGAAUGGUUGAGACAAAAAUUAAGACUUUAUCUUUGUUUGCUUGUAAACUAUUUUCUUGCUAAUGUAACAUUUGUCUGUUCCAGUGAUGUAAGGAUAUUAAGUUAUUAAGCUAAAUAUUAAUUUUCAAAAACAGUCCUUCUUUAACUUAAGAUAUUCCAUAGUUGGAUUUAGGAAGAUCUGUUAUUCUGGAAAUACUUUAAAAGAAUAAUACACUGUACAGUGUCUGCAUUCACUAAUUCAUGUUCCAGAAAAGGAAUACUGCAGAUAUACUCAGUGGAGUACUUUAGUGGAGGAUAUGGAAAUUUGCUUAUAAAGUCUCUUAUAAAACGUACAUAUAACAAAAUGACAUUCAAUAGGCCUGCAUUACAUUUACAUGACCGUGUUUAUUUGCCAUCAAAUAAACUGAGUACUGACACUAGACAAAGACUCCAAAGUCAUAAAGUAGCCUAUGACCAACUGCAGCAAGACAGGAGGUCAGCUCACCUAGAAUGGUGCUUAAAGUGUGAUUGAUGUAAUUUUCUGUACUCGCCAUUUGAAGUUAGUUAAGGAGAACUUUAUUUUUUAAAAAAAAAAAGUAAAUGGCAUCCACUAGUGUGCUCAUCCUGAACUGUUACCCCAAAUCCACUCCGUUUUUAAAGCAAAAUUAUCUUGAUUUUAAGAAGAGUUUUCUAUUUAAGAAAGUAACAAUGCAGUCUACAAGCUUUCAGUAGUUUUCUAGUGCUAUAUUCAUCUUGUCAAACUCUUACUACGUAACCAGUAAUCACAAGGAAAGUGUCCCCUUUGCAUAUUUCUUUAAAAUUCUUUGGAAAGUAUGAUGUUGAUAAUUAACCCUUAUCUGCCAAAAGCAGAGCAAAAUGCUGAAUAUGUUAUUGCUAGUUAAUCAGUGGUCUGAAACCGAUUUGCCUCCUUUUGCCUUCCUUUGCCUCGUCUGAGGGCUGUAAGCCUGAAGAUAGUGGCAAGCACCAAGUCAGUUUCCAAAAUUGCCCCUCAGCUAAGGCUUUAAGUGACUCAGCACCCUGCCUCAGCUUUAGCAGGCAUAGGCUCACCCUGGGCGGAGCUAAGUAUGGGCCAGGGAGAACUACAGCUACGAAGACCUGCUGUUGAGUUGAGAAAAGGGGAGAAUCUAUGGUCUGAAUUUUGUAACCGUCCUCUUUCUUGGGUCUAAAGCUCAUGAUAUACAAAGGCUUCCAGAGCUGAGCCCCGCGCAGGCAGUGUCCUGAACAGGAGACUACACAGAGGCAAAUCAGCCUUAGGGAACACUUGCAUUCUGCCCUACGGUUAGUGCCAGGACUGAGGCCGUUUCUACUGCAGAAGAUUGUGAGAUUGAACUUACCUGAGAGCUGGAGACUCCUGAGAAGCAGGAGUCAAGGCCACUAGAAAAUUGACAGUUAAGAGCCAAAAGUUUUUAAAAUAUGCUACUCUGAAAAUCGCUGUAGGAAAAGGGAGAAUCUUCCCUGUUGGUGUUUUUCCUGUAAAGAUCGGUUUGGGGUAUGAUAUUGGGCAGGUAUUAAUAAAAAUAGCACACCAAAGAGUUCUGUAAAACAUGUUUUAUUGAUUUUGGUCCCCACUUACAUUCUAUUUCUAGGAGUUACCUAUUUUCAUAUAAGUAAAACAUUAUUAAAGUGCUGUUUUAUGUGAAAUAACUUGAAUGUUGUUCCUAUAAAAAAUAGAUCAUAACUAAUACAUUUGUAAUAAUGGUAAUUGUUAGAUUUUUAUGAGGAAUGAGUAUCUGGAAAUAUUGUAGCAAUACUUUUAGUUUAAAAUUUUGGACCUGAGACACUGUGGCUGUCUAAUGUAAUCCUUUAAAAAUUCUCUGCAUUGUCAGUAAAUACAGUAUAUUAUUGUACAGCUCUUAGUAAUUUUUUAAAGUUUAUGAAGUUAUAUUUAUCAAAUAAAAAUUUUCCUAUAUAA